AUGACAGUAGAAUACACAGGAAACAGGGAAUCAAAGAAGUGCUUAACAAUGGGUUCGAGUGAUGUAAUGGGAAAAGCGCAGAAGGUUUUAGAGGGGUAUUCGUCUGGGUCUGCGCCUGAUAAUAGGCAUGCUAUAAAGACAGUGGAAGAGGAGCCAGAAGGUUUUGAGAGCUUGGGUCGGGUUAAUAAGGAAUUGACUGCUUCAGAGGACUCUUGUGCUCCAAAAAGGAAAAACAUUAGCUCGAAUACAGACGAUGAUAGAUUUGGUGUGCCAGUUCAGGCCUUCUCAAUGUCUAAGAUGUCGCACUCAAAGAGGAGGAAAUUGGAGACGAGAUUGAAAGAUGAGCUCAAACAAGUUAGAGCACUACAAAGGAAGAUAUCUUCAUUAAGCUCAAAUGCCAUGAUUCUUUCACCCACUAAUGAUAUACAUAGCCAUGGUGAUGGGCCAAAGAGACCUGCUCCUAUGGAAACUUUUCCAAUGUACAUGAAUAAAGUGGCUGCACCACCAGGGAAGAAAAAGUUUCCCCUGGGGAGAAAUGGUCCAUGCACAAAAGGUGGGACCAUGGAUGUGACGCAAAUUUUGCCAAAGAAUGCAAAGCCUACAAUGUUGAUAAAACAAUGCAAGACACUGUUAAAUCAAUUGAUGACACACCAGCAUGCAUGGAUUUUCAAUACACCAGUUGACAUCGUAAAAUUUAAUAUUCCUGAUUACUUCAAUGUGAUUAAGCAUCCAAUGGAUUUGGGAACGAUAAAAAGAAAGUUACUUCGUGGUCAGUAUCAAUGUCCAAUGAGAUUUGCUGCAGAUGUUAGGCUUACCUUUAAAAAUGCAAUGACUUACAACCCUCGUGGAAGUGGGGUCUAUUUGAUGGCCGAUACAAUGAACAAUUUUUUUGAAAUGAGAUGGAAACCAAUUGAGAAGAAGAUUCCUGUAAAAAUUGAUGAAUCUGUGCCUUCAAAAUCAAGUGUUAUCAUAGAAUCAGAAACUGGUUUUUCCUUGCCUCCUGUUAAGGAGCAGAAAGCCAGUGCAAUUAAACACAAAGUUAAGCAGGAUCCGGUUAAGUUGGUAAUGAGUGACGUUGAGAAGAAAAAACUGGGUGCAGAUUUGGAGGCCUUGCUGGAAGAAUUGCCUGAAAGUAUUAUUGAUUUCUUGAAAGAGAGCUGUUUGAAUGGAAGUCAAGUGAGUGAGGGUGAGAUUGAAAUUGAUAUUGAUACUCUCAGUGAUGAUACCCUAUUCAAGUUACGUAAGCUUUUGGACAACUUUGCAUUGGAGAAGAAAAAUCAAGCAAAAGUCGAGCCAUGUGCAAUUGAGACGUGUAAUGAAUCACGGUUCCGCAAGAUGUCCAUGCAACCUUUCGAAGAAAAUCAGCCGGCCGACAUGGAUGUGGAUAUUUGUGGAAAUGAUCCACCUAUUUCAAGCUUUCCUUCUGUAGCCCGGAGGAACAGUAAAUGCAGUAGUUCAAAUAGCUUUAGUAGAGAGUCAGGCUCCUCGUCCAGUGAUUCAGACUCGGGGAGUUCUUCUGGUGAUAAAUCAGAUGGGGUCAAGGAUUCAGCUCCAGCAAAUAAGAUGUUAAAUUGUCGUCAAGAGGGGGAGAGUGCUUCACCUGAUAGGCAAGUCUCCCCCCAAAAGCUAUAUCGUGCAGCUUUAUUGAGAAGCCGAUUUGCAGAUAUUAUAAUUAAAGCCCAAGAGAAUAGUCUUGAACGGGGCAAGAACCAGGAUCCUGAAAAAUUGAAGCUUAACAGAGAAGAGCUUGAAAGACGGAGAAGAGAAGAGAAAGCUCGUCUGCAAGCAGAAGCCAAGGCUGCAGAAGACGCUCGAAUAAAAGCUGAAGCAGAAGCUGCAACGGAAGCCAAAAAGAAAAUAGAACUUGAACGGGAAGCAGCACGUCAGGCUCUGCAGAAGAUGGAGAAGACCGUCGAGAUUAAUGAGAAUAUCCAGUUUACUGAAGAUUUUGAAAUUUUUAGAGCUGCUCCAGAUGAGAACUCACAGGGCACAAUAGAGCAGACAAACCCAGAAUGUUCUGAAAAUGGCCUUGGUAGUCUCAAAUUUCAGGCAACGGGUAAUCCACUGGAGCAACUUGGAUUAUACAUAAAGGAGGAGGAUGACGAGGAGGAGGAGGCAGUUAAAUAUCGAAGCAACCCAAGUACUUCUAUUGAUAUGGAAGAUGGAGAAAUUGAUUGA